GUGACAGCUGUACAGUGAAAACAAGCGAUGCAGUUAUAUCAGUUUUAUUUCGUACAAUCUACCACUAAGAAGUCAACCAAAGGCUUUGAAUAUUGUUCUAAAAUAAAUAUUUAAAUUACUUAAGUAACUGAAACUCCGGAUAGUGGCAACAAAUUUGUCAACCGUUGAGAACUACACUAAUUUAUUGCGAAAACAAAAACAUCGUUUAUAACAGUGCUGAAAUUCGGAUUAGCUUUGUCUGUCUGUUUGUAAAAGUUAUAACUAAUAAUUGAAAGCGCAAAAAGUGCCACAUCAAGAUGGUCCAACGACUUUCAACGACCGUAUCUUCAACGCAAAAGGAAGAUCAAUUCGCGAAACUAGUCGGUGAAUUUGGACUUUGGCAGUUCAUUAUUUUCGCUUCUGUGUCUAUGGUGAAGUUGUCUUCAGGAUGGGUUCAGAUGGCUAUUCUAUUUUUGACGCCAAAAAUGGAUUACUGGUGCGUGGAGUUUGCAAAUUCUACUGCAAACAUCGCAUCGUUACUGGCUGCGUUAGAAAUUGGGCUGGUGUCGAAUGCUACGUGUUAUGCCGAUUGCGUACGGUACGAGUACGACACCAGUCCCUUCGAGAACACGAUAUUAUCCGAGUGGGAUCUGAUAUGCGACCGCGCCUGGCUAGCGAGCCUCACGCAGACGAUAUUGCAGUUUGGGAUCCUCAUUGGGAGCAUCUUGUUUGGUUUUCUUUCUGACAGAUAUGGCAGAAAAAACAUGUUCCUGAUAUCGGUGAUACUCUUAAUAGGCCUUGGAUUCGCGCUGCCCUUUUCUCCCAGUUACGUCGUUUUCACGACGCUCAGGUUCUUCCUGGGCGUGGCGUCAGCAGGUACCAUGGUUAUCUCCUUCGUCAUAGUCAUGGAAGCAAUUGGUCCUAGCUACCGGGAAAUCUUCGGUUGCCUGUUUCAAAUUCCGUUCAUCAUAGGACACAUGACAAUACCCGCAUUCGCAUACUACUUCCGCAAUUGGGACACCUAUUUACUGGCAUUGGCAGUACCCCCGGUCAUGUAUAUAAGUUACUUUUGCCUUCUGAGUGAGUCGCCUCGAUGGCUGUUGAGCUGUGGACGCGUCGAAGAGGCUACACGCAUUGUCACUAAAGCCGCAGCAAUGAACAACCUACCGCUAAUGAACAUAGAGCAAACCUUAAUAAAAUUGUCGGUGGAUCGGAAAUCCUGCUCCAGGGAAGUCAAACCAAACUACCUGACCUUAUUCCGACCCUCGCUGCGGCUGACGACGAUAUGUUCGUUACUUAUGUGGUUGGCUUUAGGCUUCAUUUUCUUUGGUCUCAAUCAGUAUAUUAGCCACACCAGUAGUAACCCUUUCGUGAGUGUCGCAGCUGCUGGAGCUAUUCAGAUACCUGCAAAUCUGCUCUCCAUCUAUCUGAUUAGGUACUUCGGGCGGAAAUUUACCACAUCCUUCUUCUUCUGCAUGUGUGGGGCAUGCACUAUCGCUCUUGGAAAUGUACCAAACCUCACCUUCUGGAUGACCCUGCUCCUUGGUACUAUGGGAGUAAGCUUUGCAGCUAUAGUCGCUGCAUCGAUUUAUAUUUACACGUCAGAAUUAUUUCCUACUGUAGUGAGAAACAUGGGCUUGGGAGCGUCAUCCAUGUCCAUGAGAAUCGGUUCAAUGAUAGCACCUUUUGUAGUCAAUUUGAAUACGACAAUAACGUGGUUACCGACAUUGGUUUUCGGUGUAGUUCCUUUAGCGGCUGGACUUGUCGUUUUACUAUUACCCGAAACUAAGGGACGAGCAUUACCUGAUAGUAUACAAGAAGCUCAAAAUAUGAAUUGAAUGGAAUAAAAUCUUAGAUUAAUAAAUAAACA